ACACGACUGCAUGAUGUUGAGGUUAUAAGCGGUCUAAAUCAACAAAAUUAACUUGUAUAUAAAUUUGAUAUUUUGACAUUAUAUGACAGGUGCUGUUGAGAAGAACAACUGCACCAGUAUAUUCAAGGCUACAGAAGAUGGAUAACGUGUAGAUAGAAUAACAACAGCUUCAUUCACAGCUGAAACCAGCCAGACUGGCUGAAAGUGGAUAGCUACAAUGUCAGAUAAUGGAAUGCUUAGUUUAUUUGAUACUGAUGGAGGCUUUCUUGAAGAUUUGGCCUCAGAUAAUGGUUUGGCUGGGACUGGAUCAUUGUUGGAUGCAGGUGGAAUUUUGGGCCAAAUGAACCCAGUUAUGAAUACUCAGCCACAGCAGACUCAAAUGUUUAAUCAGCAAAUGGGUGGCAUGCCAACAAACCAAUUCAACAACAUGCAGAUGCAGCCUCCAAAUAUUGCUCAGCAAAAUCAGUUCAUGACAAAUACUUUUGGUCAACAACAGAAUCAAUUUAAUACCACCAAACUGCAUCAUUUUGGUAGUCAACAACAGCAGCCGGGAACUGCAGCUCAUAUCAUGGUUCUUCAACAGAACAACCAACCUAUGGCACAACGAUCACCGAUGCAGGUUGUUCGCGCUAACAUGCAACCAUCACCUGGAUUUCAAAAUUACGGAAGCAUGACUACGGCAAACGGUCCACGGUUGCCAAACCCACACCAGCAACAAAUUGGAAUACAACAGAACAUGCCAAGAAUGUGGAACCCUAACCAGAAUGGACCUAGUCAGCCAGCAUAUGUACAACAACUGCCAAAUCAACAGCCCCGAUUGCAAAACAUACAACAAAUACCAGGGAAUGGCUUACAGACAACCUACCUCACUCAUCACGACUAUGCCUUAUCUAAAGAUAAUAAUAUCCCACAGAAUCGAUACCAAGACGGUAUGCCCUCAACACCUAAUGCAAAUGUGUUUAUGCAAGGAAUGAAGUCCCCUACAGGUAACAUGAGACCAAAUGUGCCAAUGUCCAGUCCAAACAAUAAUUUGGUAAAAAAUGUAAGCAAUAUAAGUCAGAGUCCUAGGCCUCCUCAGGGGCAAAUGAUGAUUAAUAGGACUUCGACAUUCCAGACCCAACAAAAUAUUAACUCUGUAAAUAUACCAAACUUCAGCUCUAGUCAACAACAAGUUCAACAGCCGUUCCAAAACAGUUUCAAUCUACCAAAUAUUCAGAAUGUAGGACAGUUAAAUCCUGGUAGUGUCAAUGUUCCAAGUUCGUCUUUCCAGCAGUUUACAUAUCAACAGCCACAGCAGCAAAUGCCAAAUCAAAAUACAAUGGCAAGUGAAAUACAAAUGUCUCAAAAUUUGAACGAUAAAUCUUCUAAUAUGAUUCCAUUCCAAAAUACUAGUCCCAACCAGAAUGUACAGUUCAGACCAGCUUACACAGUUGGUACACCUCAAAGGACAAUUACACCAUCAGCUUCUCCUAGACCAAUCCCUUCUCCAGCUUGCACGCCUGAUCAGAAUGCUCACACUUCUCCAAAUUCUCAGGGAAAUGUAAAUCAACUUGUCUCACCUACAAUGGUCUCUAGACCGAACACAACACCUGCGUCUAGUCCGUUCCAUCUACCUAACCGGUCUGAUGCUAAUAUUUCAGUAAGUCAGGCACAGAUUCUUACAAACUCGUUUGGAAAUAUAAGCAAUACUAAUACUGUAUCUGUAAAUAGUCAGAGCAAUACAAUACCAAAUCAGCUGAUGUCUGUGAGUGUAAGUCAAACUAAUUUAAAUAGCAUGGGACAGAUGAGUCCAAAUGUAGGACAAGUAAAAAAUGUAAACGUGGAAAUCUAUCAGCUUCAGCAACAAAUUCAACAGCUGCAUAAUCAGCCUCAGACACAACAAACUCAGCAACAAAUGUUGGACUUGCAAGAACGUGUUCGGACAUUACGAGCACAACAAGAACUCAAUAGUCAAAGCCAAAAACAACAGGCUGCACAAUCAUUUCCAGCGUAUCAGAUUCAAAAUCAACAAAUGCAACAAAGUCCUCAGAGACCAGCUAUAAUUCAAGUUCAACAGCCACAGUUGCAACCAAGACAACAGAUUGUUCAGAUUCAGCAACCAUUUCCAAACCAGCAGCAACCCAUUCAACAACAACAAAUGCAGCCUCAAGGACAGAGAAUUCUGCUUGUAUCCAAUAACAUGGCAGGUCAGCCUACAAGAUUUCUGCAAACCAUGUCACAGGCUCCUGGUCAACAGUUUGUUCAACAGCCACAACAAAAGGUUGUAUUGAUUCAGCAGCAACAAGCGCAGCCAGGACAGCAGAUCAGAUUGAUUGCCCAAGGACAACCACAGAAUCAGAUGCCACCAUCAUCUAUGGCCAUAGGUAGUGGUAAUGUUCCAAUGUCUGUUGUGCAGAUCCAGUUACCACAGAAAACAGAUAUUCUACCUAAACUAGAAGAUGAAGAAGAAGACAAAUCAGUACAGAAAGUGAAAGCACAAGAGAAAGCCAAUCAAAUUGUGGCAGAAGCUGUUGCUAAAGCUCAGGCUGCUGGAAAUACACAAAUUCCAAAGGUAAUGACUCCACCACCUAUUCCUUCAACUGUUGGUGAUGCUGAAGCACCCAUUAGUGACGAUGAUAGUAAGAAAAAAUCAGCAAAGAAAAGACCAAAAAAGAAAGGCAAAACACCAAAGGAUAAGAAAGAAUUGGAUGAAGAUGGCGAAUCAAAGGAAAAGAAAUCUAAAGUAGAAAGGCCAAAGUCUGUUAAGAAAAAGAAAAAACCACCAGCAACAUUCUUGAAAAGCAAGAAAAGGAGACGAAAUGGAUCUUCAGAUGGAUCAGAUGUUGAAAUUAAAAUUACACCACCACCAUCACCAGAAAAUGAUGAAGAUAGUGGUAUACAGAAAAGAAGAUCAGCUAGAAAUACCAAGAGAAAGAAAUAUCAUGAUGAAGUUGACCUGAACCUUUCUGAUGAUGAUACUUUGGACGUAGAGGCUGAGGCUGUUGUUGGUGCCACUGUUAAUGCCACAGGAGGAGCUGUAACAAAACCGGUACCGUUUCUGUCUGUGGAAACAACUGUUGUUCUACCUCCAGAAGAAGAAUCUUUGGUUGUUGAGAAAAUUCUAGGCGUGAGGAUGAGAAAGCUUGAUAAAGAUAUUGAUGUUGUCAAUGAUGAAGAGGAAGCUCAACCAGAGGAAGAGGUGGAAGAGUACUUUGUCAAAUACAAAAACUUCUCAUACUUGCAUUGUGAAUGGAAAACAAUAACAGAACUAGAAAGAGACAAAAGAAUUCACAUGAAACUUAAAAGAUUCAGGUCUAAAAGGGAGCAUUUGGAUCUUUUUGAAACGGUGGAUGAGGAUGAAUUAUUCAAUCCAGAUUAUGUAGAGGUUGACCGUGUAAUGGAAGUUUCUGUAACGUCUGAUCCAAUAACGGAGGAAGAGGUGACUCACUUCCUUGUAAAAUGGCGAGGUCUGCCAUAUGAGGACAGUACUUGGGAACUACAGCAAGAUGUAGAUCCAGAAAAAGUUAAAUUGUUUUAUAAAUUCAGAGACCCUCCUCCAGAGGAAGACAGACAGGUUCCUGCAAGACCUAGCAGAGAUGAAUGGACACAAAUUCCUGAAACAAAAACCUAUAAAGGAGGCAACACUUUGAGGGAAUAUCAAUUGGAAGGUGUAAAUUGGUUGACAUUCAACUGGUAUAAACAUCAAAAUUGUAUAUUAGCUGACGAGAUGGGUCUGGGUAAGACCAUCCAGAGUAUAACAUUCCUGCAUGAGAUUGUAGAAUAUGGAAUUAAGGGACCAUUUCUAGUGGUUGUACCACUGUCAACAUUGGGUAACUGGCAAAGAGAAUUUGAGACCUGGACUGAUAUGAAUGCUAUUGUAUAUCAUGGAAGUAAUACCAGUAAGUUCAUGUUACAAGAAUAUGAAAUGUUUUACAAAGAUGAAGAAAGACAAAGGAUACCAGAUCUGUGUAAAUUCACUGUGUUAGUGACAACAUUUGAGAUUAUAAUAUCUGACUGUGAAUUAUUAAGUUCUAUAGACUGGAGAUGUUUAAUUAUUGACGAAGCACACAGGCUGAAAAAUAAAAAAUGUAAAUUAAUGGAAGGAUUAAGAUAUGUGGAUUGUGAACAUCGUGUGUUACUUACAGGAACUCCCCUACAAAACAAUGUUGAGGAAUUAUUCAGUUUACUCAACUUCUUAGAACCUGAACAGUUUAAUUCUUCACAAACUUUCUUAGCAGAGUUUGGCAAUUUAAGAACUGAUGAUCAGGUCGACAAGUUAAAAGCACUUCUGAAACCUAUGAUGCUUAGGCGAUUAAAAGAAGAUGUAGAAACCUCUCUAGCAGCAAAGGAAGAAACAAUCAUUGAAGUGGAAUUGACUAACAUACAAAAGAAAUAUUAUCGUGCUAUUCUUGAAAGGAAUUUUACAUUCUUGUCUAAAGGUUCGACUACCUCUGCUAAUGUACCAAAUCUUCUAAACACAAUGAUGGAGUUGAGAAAGUGUUGUAAUCAUCCCUAUCUAGUCAAAGGUGCUGAAGACAUGAUCAUAAGGGAAACUAAGGAAAAGGAAAAGAAACCAGAAUUGGAUAUGUUUGAUAUACAUAGAUUAAUGGUGCAAUCUUCUGGAAAACUUGUACUAAUGGACAAACUUUUACCAAAGCUUAAACAAGGUGGACAUAAAGUGCUGAUAUUCUCUCAAAUGAUAAAAGUGCUAGAUAUUUUAGAGGACUAUUUGAUUCAAAGAAGGUAUUUAUAUGAAAGAUUAGAUGGUAGAAUAACAGGAAUUAUGAGACAAGAAGCCAUUGACAGAUUCUCUAAGCCUGAUUCAGAUAGAUUUGUAUUCUUACUGUGUACAAGAGCUGGUGGUUUAGGUAUUAAUCUGACUGCAGCUGAUACUGUUAUUAUCUAUGACUCUGACUGGAACCCACAGAAUGACUUGCAGGCCCAAGCUAGAUGUCACAGAAUAGGGCAGAGCAAAGCAGUGAAGGUGUACAGAUUAAUCACCAGAAAUUCCUAUGAGAGAGAAAUGUUUGACAGAGCUUCCCUGAAGUUGGGUUUAGACAAGGCUGUAUUGCAAUCUAUGGGAGGAGAUAAGGCUGCCAAUCCCAGGGAACAGUUAACAAAAAAAGAAAUAGAGGAACUAUUGAGAAAGGGAGCCUAUGGUGCAUUAAUGGAUGACGACAAAGCUGGAGAUGAUUUCUGUGAGGAAGAUAUUGACCAGAUUCUACAAAGGAGAACACAGGUUAUACAGAUAGAAUCCGAAGGCAAAGGGUCCACGUUUUCCAAGGCAAGUUUUACCAUGAGUGAGAACAGGGAUGACAUUGACAUUAACGAUCCAAACUUCUGGCAGAAAUGGGCAAAGAAGGCAGAUGUGAAUGCAGAUGAGGACAAGAAUGAGCUGAUAGUUGAGGUGCCUAGAAUGAGGAAGCAAACGGCGCGUUAUGGAAAUGAUGAGGCAGCCAUGGAAAUGUCUGAAUUAGAAUCCUCUUCAGAUGAGGAAGAGGGAGGAGAUGAUGAAGACGGUGAAGGAAGAGGGCGUGGCAGAGGAAAGAAGGGCAAGAAAGGUAGAAGGGGUAGGGGCAGAGAUUCUGAUGAUGAUUUUGAUGCUCGUGGUGCUGUAGGAGAGAUGUAUUCAAGAUCAGAUUGUUUCAAAGUGGAGAAGAAUCUCUUAGUUUAUGGUUGGGGAAGAUGGACAGAUAUUGUUAGUCAUGGCAGAUUCAAGAGAACACUAGCAGCUAAGGAUGUUGAAACAAUUGCAAGAGCUUUGCUUAUGUAUUCAUUGAAAGUUUACAAAGGAGAUGAGAAGAUAAAAGAAUUUAUAUGGGAUUUGAUAUCUCCUGCAAAUGAUGGUUCCUUGAAAAAUCAUUCAGGUUUAUCUGCACCAGUUCCUAGAGGGAGAAAAGGUAAAAAUAAACCAACAAAAAAAGAGAAAGAGUCAGAACAUGAAAUAGAAAUGGCUAAAUAUCACAUUGAUCCUGAGUCUGUUCUGAAAGACACUGGUUACAAAAGACAUCUUCAUCGCCAUGCCAACAAGGUUUUACUGCGAGUUAGACUACUGUAUUACCUUCGAGAAGAAAUCAUUGGUCAUGCUGCAGACAAAAUUAAUAAAGGACUUGAUGUCAGUGAAAUAGAAAUACCAAGAGCAAAUGUAGAAGGUGAUCCACCAACUUUAUGGUGGGAUGAAUUAUCAGACAGGUCUUUGUUGAUUGGUGUAUUUAAACAUGGUUAUGAGAAAUACAACCGAAUGAGGAAUGAUCCUUUGUUGUGUUUCCUGUCACGUUGUGGACCACCAGCAGGGGCUGCCCUUGCUGCAGAACAAAAUGAUGAUGAUGAUGACGACAUGGAUGAUACUAAGGGUAAUAUGAGUACAUUGAAGGAUGAGGAUGAAGACACAUGUACCUCAGUGAUCUCUAAUCAGGACAGUAACAUGGCUAAGGAGACUACUAUUACACCUGAAGGAGGAGAUGAUGAGGGGGAGAAGUUACCAUGGCCUACCAUGUCUGAUCUAAACACAAGGCUCAGGAGAAUUAUCACCAGCUUCCAGCGUAGUCAUAAACGACAAAUGUUAAAGGAUGCACAGAGAGCAAAGAGGAUGGAAAGAAGAGAGAGAUAUGACAUAGUAAGCAGAUACAAGGAUGAAGAGAAAAUUCAGUACCAACAAAGUUUUUUUGGAUGUUGGGAAAGUCACUGGACGCGGAGAGAGGAGUCUGAUUUCUAUCGUAUUAUAUCUACAUUUGGAGUGGAAUUUGACUUGUUUACAGGACGAUAUAAGUGGGAUAGAUUCAGAACUUUAGCUAGGUUGGAGAAGAAACAUGAUGACACAUUAACAGAGUAUUUCCAGGCAUUUUACCACAUGUGCAUGCGAGUCUGCAAGAAAUUUAAAAAUGAUGAUGAUGCACUGCCUCCGAACAAUAUUUAUGUGGAACCAAUAUCUGAAGAGAGAGCUAGUCGCAGUCUUGCCCGAAUUGAUCUUCUCAAUAAAAUACGAACUGAAACAUUGGCACAUCCCAAAUUUGAUGAGCGUGUCAAGUUGUGUCAAACGUCUUAUGAUCUGCCAUCAUGGUGGAUUUGUGGCAAACAUGACAAAGAUCUACUCAGAGGAGCUGCUAGGCAUGGUGUUGUGCGCACUGAUGAAUUUAUACUUAAUGACCCAGCAUUGUCUUUCAAAGAUGUGUUCAGAAAUAAACGUCCAUAUGUAAAUUCCCCUCAUUUUAUGCAGUCACCUGGUGCCAGUCAGACACCAGUUAAAGUUAAAAAUAAGGAAGAAGAAACUGAAUUGGAAAUAAAAGCAAUGAUAGAGAAAAUCAAAAGGGAGUCUAAUAAAGAUAAAUCAGAAAUUGAUCCUCAAGAUGUGAAAAAGGAACCAGUAUCUCCUGAUAAAAAGUCUGAAGACCUUGAACAAGACUUUGGCAAGGAUGUGAAAAAGGAAGUGAUUUCUCCUGAUAAAAAAAUGAAUGACAUUGAACAUGAUGCAGAGGAAGAAAAUAGAACUGGUAGUCCUGAUAGUAAAAAAGAACUGCAGAAGGAUAUCAAAACUGAAGUGAAAGAAGAAAAUGAAAGUGAAAGUGACGUAAAAGAGGAAGCCCAUUCAGAACAUGAUUUUCAGGAAGAGAGUUGUGAUUUAUCUGUAGCUAAGAAAUCUGCUGUAGAUAAUGAAGAUGACGAAGCCACUGAUAUCGAACAUGAUGUUUCUGACAAUGAAACUGCUAAUGAGAAUGAAGUGAAAUCUGAAAAUCAAAAUGAAAGUGAGAAAUCUCAAGGGAAAGUAAAAUCAGAAAAGUCUCCAGAAAAAGUUAAGUCUCCUGGAGAAAUUAAAACAGAGGAUGAGGAAAAGGAUGUGAACGAUGAAUCAACUGAAGUGACAAAAGAAAAGGAAAAAGUAAAGGUAGAAGAUGGCGAGAAGUUCACCAAAGAAGAUGUGGAGUUACAGAAGCUUAUAAAUGAAGAGGAUAAUUUAGAUUCCAGAUCGUCAGCCAUUCCAGCAGAUUUUCUACAAUGGCCAAAGGACAGGGUAAUCUUCCAUCGUCUAGAACAUAUAUGUUACUGUGUUGAGACUGGAGAAUGGCCAUUCCCAAAGAGGAUGUCUAACAUUCCUAUGAACUAUGACUCCAGAAGUGCCACACCCCUCGGAUCAUCGACACCCAGAGAUGACCAAGAUCUGAGCCAGUCAGACGCUGGAGAUUCUGUUUAUGAUGGGAUCAAGGUGAACAAAGGGAUAAAUGAUAUUGAUAAGGAUUUUGAAGUUCAAUUUACCGAGGGUGAUGGAUUAAAAAUGACAUUCCACAAACGCAAUGCUAAAGAACAAAAAUUUGAUGGGAGGAUGGCCCAUCUAUUGAAUCAGUCUGCAGCCUCUAGUGAUAACGACAGUCAGUCGGAGUCUCUGACCCCACGAUCUCAGGUAGCUGGACAUUCCCCACGACACUCACCUCAUCAUUAUUUCUUCUCACAGACUCCUGCCGAUUUACUUUCCAAUGGAUCAGGUCCUGAAUUUGAUCCUGUUCUCCUUCAAAGGAGUAUGAUGUCUUUGCAGAUGGAACAUGCUUUGAUGUUCCCAGGCAGACAACGAAGGGGACGAAAAAGGAAAGCUGAGAAGAUGGCUGAACUUGCUAUGCAGGAGGCUCUUGCAAGAAGGGAACAUUCAAAGAAUGUUGGAGGAUAUGACCCUGAAUCAAGAGUUCCUGUGAUAAAUCUAGAGGAUGGCAGCAGAUUGUCAGGCGAUGAAGCUCCACAAAAGAAAGAUUUAGAGAAGUGGUUGGAUGAACAUCCUGGCUACAUGAUCGCUGAUUGUGAAGAGGAUUUUUAUGAUGAUAUACCAAGACGUGGAAGAAAGUCUCGUCUAGAUCCAUCUAUGAUUGAUCCUAUGAUGAUGACAGGUGAAGAAAAUGUCUCCGUUGUAAAUAGAAUAACUGGCAAGAAGAUUACUGGUGCCAAAGCCCCACCAUUGAAGUAUUUAACAGAAUGGUUAGAACAAAAUCCUCUUUAUGAUGUAGAUUCCAAAUGGUCUGAUAUUGUUCGUAGCAAGGUUAAUUUACCUAAGUCAUUACAAAGUCGUGUUGUGACACCCACCAGAGGCAGGAAACCAAAGGACAGUUUAUCAUCGUCUUUGAUGGGUUCCGACAUUCCAUUUAGUGCUGCAUCGUUAGCUGGGCUAUCAGGAUUUCAUAAUCCUAGUCUAAUGUCUAUGUCUGGAUUACCAAAACUACCUCUAGGAAUGCCAUUUGGUGCCCUGCCAAAUUUUGGACUUGGGAACCCACUUCUUGGAAUGGCAGGCUACUUACCUGGCUUGACAGCUUCUCAUUCAAAAGACACUGAAUCAUCAUCAAAAGACAGAAAAUCACCUAAAUGUAAAGAAUCAAGUAAAUCAGAAUCAAAAUCACCUAGCAUACCUCAUCCUUCAUUCCCAUUCAUGUAUAAUCCAAUGCUGCUUAACCCAUUGUUUGCUGCGCAAGCACAAAGUCUUGGAUUUUCACUGCCAACUAGUCUACCGACUUCAUUUGGAGCUUUAGCCCACUCUGGGUUGAUGAAUGGAUCGACUGCCGAUUCUGAUUUAGAAGAAGGUGAAAUAAAACGUUUUAGUCAAAAGGAACGCAGAGGAAGCAGCAGUGGACUACAGGAUGCUCCUCAAGAUCUCAGUGUUAAAGCUAAGCAUCAGCAUGACGGUGCAAAACAUCGUCGUGAGAAAAAACAUUCAUCACAUUCCUCGGAUCAUGACAAAUUGUUGAGUGCCUCCAAACAAUAUAGUGCUAGUUUACAGCAAGAUGAGCCCACAGACUUGUCAAUGAAAAGCAAGCCAAGUACGCCAGAUUCUGCCAAAUCAAAACCAAAAAUUCAAAGUUCUUUUAAAUUAAGUAAGAUUGUGGACACAUUAAAAGACAAGGUUAACAAAAUGGAGGACAGAUCCCGGAAAGAUAGAAAAUCAAAAUUAGACAGUAUUUUGAAUAAAUUGGUUGAAGAUAAGGAAUUAGGAAGCCAAGAUAGAAAGUCUGUGGAUGAAGAUGGAUCUGUUGAUCUUAGUAUAGGGUCAGACACAAAAUGUGAUGAUAUUAGCAAAGACGAGGAAGAAAAAUGUUGACUUGCUAUAUAAUGUACCACUGGCCAGUUUGUCCAUGAAGUCAUUCCCCCAUUCUGACCACCACCAUAUCUUGUUUGUAUAUAAUUUAUUGAACAUUGUUGAUGUAUGACUUGUUUUGAAGCUUGUACAAUCUUAUUUAUUGUAUGUAAGGUACUUAAAAAACAUUUUUGGAAUAAUUGUGAUUUAUAUUAAUAUGACUUCGACUAAACCUGCCGGACAUUUUUUCAGGUAAUUUUUAUGUACAUAAUUUAUUUGUUGUUGUUUAUUUAAUGGACAGAAAGGGUCUGAGGAGCGUGAUGUUACACAUUUGUACAUUUUUGUAAUAAUGAUGUAUAGAAUUUGACAACAAUUGAACAACAUUUACAUGUUAUUGUUAAAAAAAAUAACUUAUUCCUGAAUUUUUUUCUGUUUGUUUGUGUAUUCCAAUUUGAAACAGUCAAAAACUAAUUGUAAUGUGUUUCCUAUAAUCAUCAUACUCAUCAUAUUCAUCAUUUGAUAGAAAUUACCUUAUGCAAAAUAGUACAAAGGUGCUCAUGUAGAUGCUUCUUUUUUUAAGAAAAAAGAAUGGCUGAUAAAAAUGCAUAUAAUUACUGCCAUCAAUAUUUCAAAAAGAAUGAAGCUAAAGUAGAAUUUGAAAUUUGGGGGGAAGUUUGUCUGCUUAUAUGUUUUUGUGCACUUGUUAGUUUUAUCAGAAAUGGUUGGGUUGGUUUUAGUAUAGAAAGUACCUUUUAAUUAUGUAUUGUUUUGUAUAAGGAAGUAUUCUAUCAGAUACAUCAUCACAUUUUCACAGCCAAAUUUUUCUCCUGAUUAAAUUAGCACUUGCAUUUAAUACAUAUAGCCAGACUUUACCAGUUUGUAGGUGAUGGAAAUCCUAACAAGAAUCUGCUGUUAAGGAACUGAUUCAAAUUUAUGAUUUCAUGAUUUGAUUGGAAAAAUACAGCUUAAAGUUGUUUCUUGUUGCCUGGUAUAGAUCUAAUAAUUGUUUUUGGUCUUGUAUUGAAAACCACGCACCUUAUUGCUGGUAUUUCUGGUUAUAUAUAGCUGUCUUUUAGAAAUUAAAAAUAACAUUGCAGAUUUUCUCCACUGCAACAAAAAUCUCAUAUAUAUAAUUUCUGUUUUAAUAUGAACUGACGUAUUAUAAAAUUUUAAUAAAAAAAAAAUAUAUUUUUCAUUUGGGUAACACAAGAUAUCUUAGAUUUUCAUUUGGGUACCUCAAGAUAUCUAAUUUUGACAUUUGCAAGGAAUUUUGAAAAAAAAUAUCUCGAGAGGCAGGUUUUACUGUGAAUUUGUGGUCUUCAUUGUCAGAUUUUUUUGUCAUUAGAUAUUGAAGAUUAAUAAGAAAUCUCAGGGGUUCAAAGUAUUACAUUUUACCGCUUUAUUAUUCCAUCUUAAUUUAUUGACUAAGUAGUAUGGAGGUAGAACUUUAGCAAUAAGAUCGUUAAUUAUCUAGUAGUUGAUUAUUUAUUCAUGCCAAAAACAAAUGUUUUACCUGUUGUGGCUAUGCUUUAUCAAUUUUAUUUCUUCGUUUCUCUGUUCUUAUGCUAGACCUAUGUGCUUCAGUGUAGAAAUUAUUACAUUGAAAUCAGUUGGAAAAAUUAGGUUCAACUGUGGGGAGAUGACAUGGUGCAGAGAUAUGAAAGAAGAAAAUAGGGUUCAUAGAUCAGUUUAAUUGAAAAGAUUUAAAUGAUAAACACGCUUUUAUUGUGUCUUGUUAAGUUAUGGUUUGGUUUCACUGUAAUUUGAUUCAUAACUAUCUUUUGAAUUUUAAAUUAGUACACUUAUUUUAUCGAGACAACUUUUUUGCUUUGAAAUUUCUAAAAACAUCAAAUAUGAGUUAUUUUGGAAUAUUGAUAUUAAUUACUAUGGUCAUUGAAUUUUAAGGUAUAUUUCUAAAUUGAUAAUAUAUUGUUAAUUUUAUCAGGUUUUACUUACUGGAUAAUUUAUAUAUGAACUCUGGAAGAAUUUGUUUAUACAAAAUUUUUUUUUUACACAUUUUUUAUUAACAUUCUGUGAUUGAAAUAUCAGUAAUAGUAAAUGGAUUUUUUUUAAGAAAAGGUGCAUAUGGAAUCUGUUUUGCAAUGUAUAUAUGAAUGAAUUGUUGACAAAGCAGUAUUAUUACAUUUCCAUUUUUUAUUAUAAAUCUACCGGAGAUCAAAACUUCUUGGCAAAAUGAUUUCUUUUCAUCAUCAGAAAAAGCACAAAGAAGUCUUGUGUACCAUCGUAACUCAUUCUAGCCACAUAUAUUCAUAAACAAAUGUUGCUUUCUGGGUGAUUUCAGCAAAGAAGAGAUUGAAAUUGACUCUAUUCAAAAAAUGUUGUGAUAAAUGAAAACUUGGAGAUGAUUGGAUUGAAAAAUUAACAAUAUUCUUCGGUUGUUUGGCGGUUGUGGUUGAAUAAAAAAAAAAGAUGUGAAUAUGCAGAGUUUUUCCUUGGAAAUUUAUGUCGUUUCAUUAACUAAAGUUUAAUCAGUCAUAUUUUAUCAACACAUAACUUUUAAUUCAAGUAAUGUGAUUACUUGGUCCUGUAAGGUUGUUAGCAAAAAAUCUUUUUCACAGAAUUUUAUUUAAGUUUGAAGAUUUAGAUAUUUUAAAAUAACUUAAUCUCUUAAACUAAAGUGGGUUUUUUUGUACUUGCUACAGAAAUGUACUGGUGAUUGAUAGUAGAUUUUGUGAGCUGAAUCAUGAUGUUUAGAAAAUUAUCAUAAUCAUUUUCAUUUGUAUAGUUUUCUGUUUGAAAUCUCUUGACUUUACUAUGGCCUAUGUGCUAGUUAAAGUGUGUAGAUAUUUAUUUUUGGAUGAAUUUGAAAUCUGACAUUUUCUCAUUGAUUGAUGUGAUGGGAAUUUUCAAUAAAUUAAUUGACAUUUUCUGUAA